AUGCCCAGUGUAGCACCCCGUCAGAAGCUGCGUAUCUCUAUAGACCGUGGCGGAACAUUCACCGACUGCAUCUGCAAGGUUCCCGGCAAGGAGGAUAUCAUCGUGAAGAUCCUUUCAAUCGAUCCUAAGAACUAUGACGAUGCCCCUACGGAGGCCAUCCGACGCGUCUUGGAGGUCUACUGCGGCACGAGCAUUCCUCGCGGAACUGGGUUGGAUACAAAAGACAUUGAGUCUAUCCGUAUGGGAACGACCGUCGCGACGAAUGCGUUGUUGGAGAGAAAGGGCGAGCGCACCGCUCUCUUGAUCACAGCGGGUUUUAGAGAUUUGCUGGAGAUAGGCAAUCAGUCGCGACCGUUCAUGUUUGACCUCUCGAUCCGGAGGCCCGAGACACUCUACUCCGAUGUAUUCGAGGUGGACGAGCGCGUGGCUCUCCGAAACUGCACCGAUACCGAUCUGCGAAGUCUGGAUUUGUCCUCGCCACUGGUAGAAAGGGAGGUUGCGGGCACAUCCGGGGAGACAGUGCAAAUCAUCAGAUCGCUGGACCUCGAGUCAACCGAGCGAUAUCUAAGGAAGAUAUACGCGGACGGCUUUAGGUCGAUCGCAGUGUGUCUGAUGCACGCCUACACGUUCCCCGACCACGAAGUUCAAAUUCGAGACCUGGCACAACAAAUUGGGUUUGAGAACGUCUCGCUAUCGCAUGUUGUAUCCCAACGAACGAAGAUAGUGCCCCGAGGUAACUCGGCAGUGAUUGAUGGCUAUCUCACGCCGACCAUCGAGCGAUAUCUGAGGCAAUUCCUGACCAGUUUCCCCGAUAUCCACAACUCGGACACAAUGCUCGAGUUUAUGCAAUCAGAUGGUGGACUGGUCCCAGCAAAUAGACUCUCCGGACUGCAUUCCAUCCUUUCCGGUCCGGCUGGUGGUGUUGUAGGGUAUGCACGCACCUGCUACGACGAGGUCAACAAGGCUCCUUUGAUCGGGUUCGAUAUGGGAGGUACUAGCACAGACGUCAGUCGGUAUGACGGAGCUUUGGACCAUAUUUUCGAGACAACCACCGCCGGGAUCUCGAUGCAGACACCGCAACUGAACAUCAACACGAUCGCCGCCGGUGGAGGCAGCAUCUUGUUCUGGCGCGAUGGACUCAUGUCUGUCGGUCCGGAGAGCGCGUCGUCUGACCCUGGGCCUGCGUGUUAUCGAAAGGGCGGGCCCUUGACUGUCACGGAUGCCAAUCUCGCUCUUGGGAGAUUAAUUCCGGAGUACUUUCCCUCCGUGUUCGGUCCAAACGAGGAUGAGCCGUUGGACCGUGACAUUGUGAUUUCCAAAUUUGAAGCGUUGACUGCAACGAUGAAUCAGGACACAGGCAAGUCAAUGACCUGGGCCAAGGUGGCACAAGGGUUCCUCGACGUCGCAAACUCCGCGAUGUGUGGCCCUAUUAGAAGCCUCACCGAGGCUCGCGGUUAUGAUACAACAAAGCAUCAUUUGGCAUCCUUCGGCGGAGCGGGAGGUCAGCAUGCCUGCGCCAUUGCUGAGCUUCUCGGAAUCAAAAAGGUCUUGAUCCACAAGCACUCCUCAAUUCUAUCCGCCUAUGGAAUUGGAUUAGCCGAUGUCGUGCAGGAAGGUCAAAGACCUUGUGCUAAAGCCUACGACUCCGUCAAUAUACAGACCAUCUUGACCGACCUGGAGGAUCUGUCAGAUUCAACCAAAGACAUGCUAGGCAACGAUGGGAUACUCAACGUCGACGUGGAGUGUUUCCUCAACAUGAGAUACGACGGAAGUGAAACAACUAUCAUGAUCGCUGUAGAUCCAAGCCAGAAUAUGUUGCAAUUAUUCGUCGAUGCUCAUCACCAGCAAUUUGGCUUCACCCCAACUAACCGGCAGGUGUUUGUUGAUAGCAUUCGCGUGCGUGUCGUGGGCCGAAGAUCUUUCGAAUCUCCUUCACCUGAUGUCCCAAUUCCAGUCGCAGCAAAACAGAUUCUGGCGGACAGUGCAGCUCCACGGUCUACUAACAGUGUUUACUUCGACCAAAUCGGAUGGACUAACACCCCUGUCUACAUCCUUAAUUCUAUUCCUUCAGGACAGAAAGUCCAAGGCCCAGCCCUCGUCGUCGACAAAACGCAAACCAUCCUCGUGGGCCCCGAGUCAUCAGCAACAUCCGAACUCGACAAACUGAUAAUAGACGUCAGCAAUGAAAAGGGUCGCAUCGUUUCCGUAGACACUAUCGACCUAGUCCAACUAUCCGUCUUUCGUUAUCGGUUUAUGAGCGUAGUCGAACAAAUGGGUCGAGUAUUACAGCAGGUGAGCGUGAGUGCCAAUAUCAAAGAGCGCCUUGAUUUUAGUUGCGCUGUAUUCAGUCCCGAUGGUUCCCUGGUUGCCAAUGCUCCCCAUGUCCCUGCGAUGAUUGGCAGUAUGGCUUUUGCUGUGAGGGGUCAGAUUGGGGUAUGGAAGGGAAAGCUGAAGGCAGGAGAUGUUUUACUGUCCAAUGCGCCUGAAUUUGGUGGCACUCAUCUCCCGGACCUCACUGUUAUCACCCCUGUUUUUGAUGCCCGGGGUGAGGAUAUAAUCUUCUGGACGGCUUCAAGAGGUCAUCAUGCUGAUAUCGGCGGUAUCCUACCCGGUUCCAUGCCACCCACCUCAAAGCACCUCAACGAAGAAGGGGCCUUAUUCGAAUCAUUCCUCCUGAUACGCGAUGGCAUCCUCGAUGAAAUUGGUCUUUCCCAACUACUCUGCGAAGAGCCCGCCAAACACCCUGGCUCCAGCGGCACCCGACGAUAUCAAGACAACCUAACGGACCUGAAAGCCCAAGUAGCCGCGAACCACUGUGGCAUCCGUCUCAUCCACCAGCUAAUUCAAGAAUACUCCAUGGAUGUCGUUCAAGUCUACAUGAAAGCCAUCCAAUCCUCGGCCGAGCUCGCCAUCCGCAACCUCUUCAAACGCCUCGCACGAGACUUCCACCACACCGAACUCAUAGGGACCGACUACAUGGACGACGGAACCCCAAUCCACCUCAAAGUAACCCUCAACGAGAACGACGGUUCCGCGGUCUUCGACUUCACCGGCACCGGACCCCAAGUCUACGGAAACUGGAACGCUCCCAUCGCCAUCACCCACUCCGCCAUCAUCUUCUCCCUCCGCUGCAUGGUCGACUCCGACAUCCCACUCAACCACGGCUGCCUUGCCCCCGUCACCGUCCACAUCCCCAAACCCAGUCUCCUCAACCCGGCUCCCACCUCCGCCGUCUGCGCAGGCAACGUCCUCACCUCGCAACGAAUCGUCGACGUGAUUUUCAAAACCCUCCGGGUCUGCGCCGCAAGUCAAGGAUGCAUGAAUAACUUCUCUUUUGGGACUGAUGACUUCGGAUACUAUGAGACUAUCGCGGGCGGUAGCGGUGCAGGGCCAACUUGGUCCGGGACGAACGGUGUUCAUACGAACAUGACCAAUACGCGGAUUACAGACCCUGAGUCUUUGGAACGGAGAUAUCCGGUGUUGUUGAGGAGGUUCUGCUUCAGGGCUGGGAGUGGAGGGUGUGGAAGGUAUAAGGGGGGUGAUGGGGUGAUUCGGGAUGUGGAGUUUCGGAUUCCGAUGAUGGCGUCGAUACUGUCUGAGAGGAGAGCGUUUCGGCCGUAUGGGAUGAAUGGUGGGGGUGAUGGAGUGAGUGGGUUGAAUUUGUGGAUUAAAGGGGAGUCUGGGACGAGGGUGUCGAUUGGGGGGAAGAACUCGGUGGCGGUUUCGGAGGGGGAUCGGUUGGUGAUUGAGACGCCGGGGGGCGGGGGGUAUGGGAGGGUUGAAGAUCGUGAUACUAGAGUGGGAGAUGGUGCGAAGGAGAGCAGGGGAUUUAUACCGAUUGCGAAUGGGUCGGUGGAGGCGACGAGGAGUUUGGCCGAACAGGUGUAAUGAAGGCUCUGGGUGGUUGUGCCAUACCCAAGGAGAUGUAAAUAAGAAUGGCGGAGUACGAGACUGUAUUGGCUGUGAUCUAUGAGGGCUUUGUUAUUCCUUGAGACUCUCUGCAAGGGAAACUGGUCCUGUUAACCACACACCUUUUUCACUUUCGGCCUAUCUCGCAUGAAAUUGCCAGGCAGAACUAUUAGCUAUUUACAUUGAGCAUCUUCCUAAGGUUCGGCGCAG